UGGUUGUAAACAAAAAGGCGCACACGUGCCGCAAUUCAUUUUGAAAUAAACUGCUUAGCUCUAUUAAAACCUAUGGCCGGUAAUUUUGAGUUACUCAGCGAACAGGGUCUGCGCCUGGAUGGCCACAUCAAGUGCAAAUUGGGCGUGUUCGAGCAGCCCGACGGCAGCGCCUACAUGGAACAAGGAAACACAAAAGUUUUGGCCGCUGUAUAUGGACCCCAUGAAGCGAAAGGUAUGAAAACGGAGACCAACGAUGUCAUCAUCAACUGCCAGUACAGCCAGGCCACAUUCGCUACGGCGGAGAGAAAGAACCGUCCACGAGGAGAUCGAAAAUCCCUGGAGUUCAAAAUGUACUAAGAACAGGCGCUGAGUGCGGCCAUCAAGUCCGAGCUGUAUCCACGCUCACAGAUUGACAUUUAGAAGAAGGUGCGAGCCGAGUGCGGCAAAUGAAAAAUUAAUUACAAAGGUCUUUAGUGUUACCUGCUCAUCCA